AUGAACACCUAUGGUUCUGGUGGAAAUAAAGCCGUUAUAAAGAAUGCUGAUAUGACAGAUGACAUGCAGCAAAAGGCUGUGGACUGUGCUCAAGAUGCAAUGAACAAGUACAGUGUGGAAAAGGAUGUUGCAGCUCAUAUAAAGAAGGAGUUUGACAGAAUAUUCGGUCCCACUUGGCAUUGUAUUGUCGGUAAAAACUUCGGCAGCUACGUCACUCAUGAAACGAGACACUUCAUUUAUUUUUACAUGGGACAAGUUGCUAUUUUGCUUUUCAAAUCCGGGUGA